UCCUUUCAAUAUGGAAUGGUUAGAGGCGAAUGAGGCAGUGGCGAUCGGUUUGUGUGCGUGUGUGGAAGUGCUGUUUUUACUUGGUCGGACUAAUUUUGAGCUGAAGCGAAUUUGGUAUUAAUUUAUAAGGGCCCUGGGUGGUAUUUGUUAUGGAAUUGGACAAAAUGGAUGAAAACGGCUGGAAAUACCACGGCGAAGGAAACAAGAGCAUAGUAGUUUCUCAUAUUCAGCACUCACAGGUCCUUCGGUUUCUUAAGUACUCCACAGAAGACCUUGAGCACCUGCAUCAGACAUCCGAACAAGCUCUGCUGGACAUUCAUAAUAUCGUGGACUUCAGUACCCACAUUAUGAGGCCAUUGCUUGGGGAGAUCAAUGUGCACCACGGAGAACCUGUGAAGUUGCCUCUUGACUUUGUGAAGCGGCUGGCUUUGAGGGUUGACCAAGAAAGACCAGAAUCACGCACUGACAAGGUUAUGGACCGGUUCAGUGGGUGGGCCUUAUGUCUCCCCAAUCUGACCAAGUUUCCAGACCAUCACCGAGAGCACAGACCCCCACUUUGUAUAGAAAUCAAGCCCAAAUGUGGAUUUCUUCCAUUUUCGAGGCAAGUUACCAAAGAGGUUAAGUGGAAGGUGUGUCGCUUCUGCAUGCAUCAGCGCUUGAAGGUGAGCAGUGGUGUCUGGAAGAGACUCAGCAAGUACUGUCCUUUGGAUCUGUUCUCGGGGAACAAUCAGAGAAUGCAUCUUGCAAUCAGAAACCUGUUGGAUGAGCCACAAAAUAAUUUAAAAAUAUUUAGGGAUGGAGAGCUUAUCUAUGGAGGCAUGGAUGACGCAGACCAGCAGCAUGAUCUGAAUAAACUGACGCAGCAGCUUCGCUCGUACUUCUUCCCGACCAACAUGCUCAUCCAGGAUCCCCCAUCCAACAAGGCCGUGCUGAACAAGCUGAGCCAGGUCAUCAUCACGGCUUUGCUGACAGGCCGGGAUGCGGAAAGUCCCACGCAUCCUAGCAGGGACUACGUUCCCGUGGGCAGGGACCAAUGCCAUGCCAGCCUGCCGCUUCUGGAUUGUCUCAAAGCGCACCAAAGCCUGCCGAAAGACUGUGUCCUGUCUAAAAUCCUCCAAGUUCAGCGACUGGAUGACCUUGAUAUUGAAGGACUCUAUCCUCUGUACAAACGUGUUGAGCGGCACCUAGUGGAAUGUCCCGAAGAAAGGACUAGAUUACAAGUAGAUGGACCAUACAACGAGAAGUUUCUGGAGAGAAUGAGACACUGUCCAUCUGAAGAUGAUGGUUCCAUUGAAUAUGCAGUGGGGAAGGUUCACCAGUACAGAGUCGCCAUGACAGCCAAAGACUGUUCAAUCAUGAUCACGCUUACACCUUGUGAAGGGGAUGAAAUCCUCGGAUCAACUCUGGAGAUUCCGCACUCAAAGCCCAAGUUUAGAUGUGCUGUGUCGAUCGUAGACUUGGACCCGAAGCCAUACGAGAGCAUCCCCCACAUCUACAAACUGGACUCUCAAAUUGUCAAUAACUACGUGAAGAGCAUGCAGUCCGAACCGAAGCAGGGGUUGCCAGAACUCUUCCUUGACGACAAAGACUGCACACUCGUGUUUCACCCUAUCUGAAGAAGCUUUCUAUAGCCUGGGUUGCUGCACAUCUUGCGUCAGAUAUAGACUAUCCAGUGAUGUGGCUACUCUCCUCACAGCGAGGAUAGGAGGCUCAAUGCCAAAAACUCAGUGUGAGUGCAGCUCUGCUGUUUGUAGGAGGUUAUGGGUGCUUUUCUUGGAAAUUGCUAUUCUUGUUUUGGGAAAUCCUGGUUAAGGGACUUCUGGAACACAAGGUGCUUCACUUUAUGGGUUAUAGCAGCGUUUCCCAACCCUUGUCCUUAGGGACCCACAGAUGGUCCAUCUUUUUGUACCUUCUCAGCUCCCUGGCAGACAGUCCGCAUUUUUGCUCCCUUCCUGUUCCUGGAGCUAAAACGUGGACUGUCUGUAGGUCCCUGAGAACUGACUUGGGGAAACACUGGGCUAUAGAACAACUGGUAAAUAUGGGCAUGUAGUUGUAUAGAGCCCCCUGGUGGUACAGCAUAGUUCUGUGUCCCCCAAACCGCUCUGUGUGCAUGCAUGCUUCAUUGGGUAAAGAUUGAAGGUGCAGAGUACAUUUGUUAAAUGGUCAAACUGACUGUGUCUCAGAUAUUUAAUGGUUUUAAUUUCAGGUUUUCUAAGUAAUUUAUUUAAAAAUGUACUGUUUCAUCAUUUGUACCUUACUGGGCUGGACCUUUAGAUAACCUUGGUAUCACUCACUAAGCUUGGUGGAGAUUAAAAUGCAUCUUGGUUUCCUGCCUGAUGCAGACUGCAAAAAAAUGAGCUGACCUUUGCGCCCCAUUAUGUGUUCCCACACUGCUUUGCCAGUGUUUUUUUAUAUGCAUCAUGUGCAAUGGGAAUUUUUUAAGUAGUGAAGCAUUUUGGAAUUUUAUUUUUAAAAUGUCUACCUUUUAAUGAAACCUUUCUUGCCCAUUCGCUGUUCCUGUUUUAUUUCCCUGUUCAGCUACAUAUGCAUCUUGUGUUGAAUGAUGGUUUUCCAGUCUGCUGACUUCAAUUUACACAAUUCCUGUACAGUGCAGGUUAAAAAACAAGUUUUUCGCAAGACAUUUUUAUCAUCCAUUGCACAGCAAGAGUGUCACGGGUUUGUGGUCGGUUUCAGAUUAGGAAUAUUAGGAAUUUUUCUGAUUAUUAAAUUAUUGGCAUCUUAUAUAUUCUUUGUGGAAGAAUGGGCUUGUAGGUCCUUUUGUGGGCCAACAGUAAUAAUUCACCUGAAAUAAAUAAAAAAAAAAAUAACAAUCAUCAUUUGGCUAAAGU